AUGAAGUCAUCCCCAAAUGAACAGACGACCCUUCAGUUAUCGCAUGGCCAGUUUCCAACUCAGAACUGCAGAAGUGCCUUGCUCGAAAGAAGUGGGCCAAAUUACUGGGUUAGGUCACCACUCACCCAAGCAAUUGGCGUACCCCUCUACUAUGAGGACAAUAACCACCAAAAGAAGCUGAUCGCUCGUCUCGGCAGCGGGUUCUGUGACAUCGACAUGAUGUAUUAUGAUGCAAUGCUGUCCAAAGUCCCUGAUGCUGGACGACAUCAGAUCCCAGCAGCACACACCUACUCUAUCUUAAAAUCAACUCUAUACCUCUCGCAUACCCUACUGCAGAAAUUAGCCGGAAUGUCCGAUCACGACAACAAUCUCAAAAUUGCCCACGAGGCAGAGAAAGAUCUGAACACGUACCAGGCCAAGCAGGGUCUUGGUCGUAAGAGCGAUUCCACCGUCGAGUCUGGUGUGAACGCAAUGGUCGACAAGAAGUUCGGGGACACCGGCAUCAAGACCGGCAGAGAAGCUGGCGCCUCCAGUAGCGAUCGUAAACCCAUUCCCGAAGACGAGGGCGGCAGCCUAGAUGACCGUGGCAGAGUCUCAAAGGCCGGUCAUUUCCAAGGGUCUGGUGGCCCUGAGGAUAAGGCGAGGAUAGAGUCACAACGUCGUCCUGGUGACGAUGAUGCUCUGAACCUCCAAGAGAUGAAGCGCGAAGGACUUGUCCGGAAGAUUCACUGAAGAUGGACUCGGAACGUUGCCCUGGUGAUGAUACUCUGAAUCUCCAAGAUGAGAAGCUCGAAGCACAUGUUCGGUAGAUUCAUCCAAUCCUAAUGAUGUAUAUGUACAUUAAAGGACUGUAUCAAAACUGUUUCUAUCCAGAAUCUUGAAC